ACGAUCAUCAGCGUUCUCAGAGUUGCGACCUCGUGUGUCUGCUACCUUGACCUCCACCAUCUCCGUCUCUGUCCUCAUACCCAUCGCCGACUGCAGGUGCGGCGACAACGAAGGCCAGCGACAUCAUGGCCGACACACAAGCGUACCCUGCGCAGGCGCAGGCUGACCCAGGGUUCGCUCAGCACCACGCCAUGCCACCAGAUGGUCAGCAUCGCAUGCCUGUCCAUCGCUAUACCCAAGACGACGUCGCCGCUGCCCACCAUUACCAACAACAUCCCAAUGCGAACCCACUCAUGCGGCAUCAGAACCACUCCGUGCCUUCGCUACCAUCGCAGCAACACCACCACCAAGAGCCUGCCCCGCCCAUGCCGCCGCCGUACGAGGAGAACGACGUCCUCGGCAGUCUGAACAACCUCCGAAUAAGUGACCCGCAUGCGCGCGGGACCACGCCCCUCCAGCCUGGCUAUGAUCCCAUACAGCGUGCAGGCACGUCCAUGUCCGUUCGCUCCGCCAUGUCAGUGCAGACCCAUCCGCACAUGGUGCCACAUCAACAUUACAGCCUACCGACAUCGCCCGAUCAGGCAGUGCGUCGGAUGCCUCCCGGACGGCCACAGGAUCCCAACAGACAGAACGACGUCAAUUCCGUGCAUUCGGUACAAUCUGAUUCAUUCGCGUACGACGGAUCGGCGGAGACGGACGGUACGAGCCUGUAUUCGCAUGACGACUCGAUGUACCAGUACCCUCAAAAUGGCGGUGCAUAUCCGCCCCAUGGCGGCCAAGGCGGGUAUCCAGCGCGAAACCUCUCUCUGCACGGUCACGGUCACCCUGGGUACGCCAUGCAAGGACCACCUCCCCAGCAGCAGAACUUUAAUAGCUUGUAUGCCGCCGCUUCCGACGUGCUGGGCAUGGGGCCCCCUCCUGGUGGACCUGCUCCGCCUCCGCCUGGGGCAUACAUGCCGCCACAGCAAUACUAUGGCGGCAACGGCCCAUCCCCGGUGUCACCUCAACCCCCACCGAAUUUCCUCGGUGCUGCCCCGUACCAGCCCGGUGCCCCUUCGAUGUAUAGCGCCUCGCAAACAUCGCUUACACGCGGCCCUUCGAAUGCUUCCUCAAUGCAACCGCCUCCUGAACCGAUCGAAGAGGAGGUCGAGUUCCGCAACAGACCACCGAUUGCUCGAUCUGGCACAGCUGCUUCCGUCGCCUUGCGCACGCAGAAAACGAAAGCCAUCGAUCUCAGUGCACCGCCCUUCACAAAGGCGUACAUCGACGAAUACCGGACGCGUAUCAAGGACGAUCCGGAUCCGGAGUCACACUUCUUGUACGCCAAGUACCUCAUCGAGGCGGCGAAGAAGUUCGGCGCGGAUGCAAAGGACCAGCGAAACGUGAAGAAGUUCCGGGACGCACUGAUCGGUGAAUCGCUGAAGGUCAUGCGACGACUGGCGACGCAGGGUCAGGCGUACGACGAGGCGCAGUUCUUCCUGGCGAAUUGUCACGGCACGGGCAUGCUUGGCCUGCCUGUCGACCACGAGCGUGCAUAUCAUCUAUACCUCCAGGCGGCGAAGCAGAAUCAUGCGGCUGCUUGCUACCGUGUGGCAGUGUGCAACGAGAUCGGGGCCGGCACGCGACGGGAGCCCCAGCGGGCGCUCGCGUUCUAUCGCAAGGCGGCCUCGUUGGGCGACACUGCUGCGAUGUACAAGCUUGGGUGUAUACUGCUGCGAGGCAAUUUGGGGGAGCAGGCAAAUCCGCGCGAAGCGAUCGGUUGGCUGAAGCGGGCUGCGGAGCAGGCGGACGAGGAAAACCCUCAUGCGCUGCACGAACUCGCGAUGCUGUACGAAGCGCCCAACAGUGGUGUCGUACCGUACGACCCGGCAUAUGCGAAGGAGCUCUACUCCCGCGCUGGACACCUUGGGUACACCCACUCGCAGUACAAGCUCGGGCAGUGCUACGAGUACGGCAGCUUGACGUGUCCCGUCGACCCGAGGAGGUCGAUUGCAUGGUACACCAAGGCUGCGGAGAAGGGCCACUCGGAGGCCGAGCUUGCGCUGAGCGGAUGGUACCUGACUGGGAGCGAGGGCGUGCUCAAGCAGAGCGAUUCGGAGGCGUACCUGUGGGCGAGGCGGGCGGCGAACAAGGGCUUGAGCAAGGCGGAGUACGCGGUAGGCUACUACGCUGAGGUGGGCAUUGGUGUCAAACAGGACAUCGAGUUUUCCAAGCGGUGGUAUAUGCGUGCUGCAGCACAAGGCAAUAAACGAGCGAUGAACCGUCUCACGGAGAUGAAGCGCUCUGGCAACAAGCGAGCAAACAUGGCGCGGCCUACUCGCCAGGAGGCAAAAGACGAAUGUGUGAUUGUGUAGCGACUGGGCAUGCUGGGUUGACUGGGACGAUUUCUUGGGGUCGCGCAUUCGGUCCUUGGUUGUGAGAUGUUUCCGCGUGUUAUCUGUGUUCGCAUUCGCUCCACGCCGUAGUCGUUGAUCUUAUCUAAUCUCCUUACUUGUACUA